AUGGAAAAUAUCGGUCGCGUUGCGAUUGUCACCGUCCUAUCGUGUGUUCUGCUCAUUCCUCCGGCUUGCGGCUUCUACCUCCCGGGUGUCGCCCCGCGGGACUUCAAGAAGGUUUGUUUAUUUCCCCCAUUUUCUUGCUUUCAAUCAGCUUUUAGGUGGAUAAAAUGCGGAUCCGGUGUGUUUCGUGUAUUGUGGCUAUCUGCGGCCUAUAGCCUGUGAGGAGUGUUGCUUUUUUUCUGGAUCUGCACACUGAAAGACGUUUACCUGUGGGAGCAAACCAACAGUAAACGUUUCAACCGUAACUAGUGAGAUGCUGCUUUUUUGAAGUGUUAUGUACAUCAACCCUAACUGGCUGUAUUUGGUUAUUGUUUCUGGGAAGUGGUUUUCCAGGGCUGCUUCAUAAUAAUCUUCUGUGGGGAAAUUUAUCAGAUCUGUGGUUUAACUUUUGUGUCGUAUGCAACCCCCAUAAAAUGUUUGGUCAUUAUAACUUGGUUUCUGAAGUCGACAGCGGGGAAAAUAUCUUCUUAUUUGCUUGUGCGACUGCGUCGUACUUCACUACUUAUUCCGAUCUCUUCUUUAAGCUUUGGCAGCAUCUCCGUGAUGGCGUGUGGAUUCAAUUUUGAAAAUUCUGAUUUUAUGCGUGUUUCGCGUAUUGUUUCUAGAUCUAUUUGGGGUAUUAUUGCGAACUUCAUUCCUUUAUAUGCCUGUAAACUUUCUCAUCAUUGAUUGAUGGCACAAAUAUUUUCAUUUGCUAUGUUCAAAGUUUCUUUCUUUUGAUAUACACCAUCAUACUUUCAAUGUUUCCCCAUCUAACUAUUCUGCAUUGUAUAUUUUUCUGUUUAUCCAUGUUUCCAUUUAUUUUUUGUCGCCCAUGUCAUGAAGAAUAUACAAGAUCUUUCCAGGAGAAUAUACUGUAGCCUUUUUAAGAAGCUACCUUGGAUAAUGCUAAAACAUUGCAAUGAUCCACCAUUGAUAUAAAAGCUAGGUUGGAGCACUUCUAUAGAAGGCAACAGUCAAGUGUGAGCGACUAGAUGUGUUCAAUCCUUAAACUGCUAAACUUCAUUAGUACCAACUGAGGAUCAGCUUACUGUAGAUUUCUCAUGCCUGAUCAAAUUCUCUCAAUUUUUUCCAUACUCUUGCUGAUAAAUCAUCAAAGAGUGGCCAUUGAAUUCAUAAUCAGAGGAAAUCUUUAGGAUUUUGAUGAUGCUAUGUAGUUUUGUUCAUUCAUCAAAUCUAACCGUAGCAACGAAAUUUGUGCUUUCUAUUUUUUCUUGAAAUUUUCCGUCACCUGUUAUCAUUUUUCUUUUUAAAAGAAUUUCGCGUAUUAUGUAACUUUUCAGUAUGAUGAGCUUGAAGAACUGUAAUUUGUUCAAUGAAAUGUCAAUUGGAAUGCAGAAUUAGCCUGUCCGCAGCAUAAUUGGUGCAGGGCACUGAAUCGUGAUACUGUAAAGUAGAACUUGUUUUUUAAUCAUCCUUGUAAGGCCUAUUCCUAGUUUCACUGCGCUUGAGAGACUUUAUAAGCACAUGGCAUCAUCCGUUCCCUUUUUCAGGGGAAAAUUCUCUAAUAUAAUUCAAUAUAUUUCCUAGGCUUGGAGAUAAAUUUGUGACCGCUGACUGUUUGAAUUUUUCGCAAGAGAAAAAAAUUACGAUAUGUAAAGUAACAUGAAAGAUUGGACUCUUUCAUAUGUAGGUUUUGUGAAGGUCUCUCUGUAGAAAAUAUUUGACAGCCGUGGGUUGUAAAGGAAUUGAAGCCUUGUAAACAUGGGAGGGAAUCGCAGGUGAAUAAUCUAGAAGAUAGCACGACUUAGUUUUCUCAUGAUAAGUAUGGAAAAGGAGUAUUUGACUAGAGAAAAUUAUGGUGCAACUGCACCUCAUAAUAAACCUCCGAGUUACAUUACUGAGCCUGUCAGUAGUAGUGAUUAUCGCGGCAGUGGCAUUGAUGAUUAGCAAGGAGAGACAAAGAUAUUCCUAAAAUGAUAUCAGUUGGACUGGGUUGUGGCCACAGAAAGAGUGGAAUGCUGAAUAUUCCUGGAGGUGACUGUUAUGUGCUUGAGGUUCUUUUCAUUCCCAAAGCUCUCAUAGAUACUGGAGAGAACAAAAAAAAAUCAAUAAUCUUGCUUUGUUGAAAUUUAAGUGAUCUCUCAAGAGGAAAAAUAUCUUAACUUUAGAAGUAGAUAAUUUAUCAAACAGCCUGAAUUAAUGAUUAUCCUGAAUUAAUAAUUUUAAACAGUGGUAUAAACGUCAUUUAGUAUUCUUGGAAAUAGGGAAUUCGAGUAGCAAAAAGUCAAGAAGGUUAAGGUCUUAGAGACAGUUAAGAAGAUACAUGUUAUGGCCUUCUAAAUAUGAUUCAAUUAACAGUUUCCUGCUUUUACUCAUCAACUUUUGUUUGGUUUAAAAAUACUUUUAGAUUCUACACAUACACAUAAUACUUAUAUAUAUAUGUAUGCAUACGUAUUGAUAUUAUAGUUGAAAUAUUUUUUUCUGAGGUAGGAGAACGUACAAGCAUUUUGUUGAAUGAUGCUUACUUGGCAGCUGGUUACUUCAAUUUGACAAUCCUUCAGAGAUAUUCCGUAGGAAGAAGAAACUGAACUCGUAUCUGCAGAUUUCUGCAGAUUUCUAUCAACUUCUUCCAGAUUUCUGCAGUUCACUCUUGUUCGCUGAUUUUCCUAUCAAUUUGUAGGAUGAUGAACUUCAGGUGAAGGUGAACAAGCUUUCAUCGACCAAAACUCAACUUCCCUAUGAUUACUAUUUUCUGGAUUAUUGCAAACCAUCAAAAAUUACGAACAGUGCUGAGAAUUUGGGAGAGGUUCUCCGUGGAGAUCGCAUUGAGAAUUCUGUCUAUACUGUGAGUCAUCACAUCGCAUCCAUGUUUUCAUCUUUAACUGAAUGGAAUUUAUUUUGCCGUCCUUAGCUAUGUGGAAUUUGCAGUUUAGGAUGCGAUCUGAUGAAACAUGCAAAGUUGCAUGUCGGAAAAGACUUACAGCUGGGUCUGCAAAGAAUUUCAAAGAGAAAAUUGAUGAAGUUUACAAGGUGAAUAUGUAGGUAACUCAAUCUUAACUAAAAUUUUACGAUUUUGGUUUCUUGAAUCGGAUUGUCCUAGUACAGACUUCUCAAGUUUAGUUCUACUGUAAUGAAAAGUGUUUACUUCUCAAAUUCCUUCACUUGAAGGUGGUCCUAUUCUGAUGGGUCUUACAGGAUGUUAAAUAUCUCUAAGUGUUUGCUCUUCUCAAACUGUCAAGUCUUCAAAUGUUUUUUUUCCUUGAUUGAUUUUUACUGAUAUCUUUUUUUCAGGAUCCUAGACAAUCUUCCUGUUGCAGUUGUGAGGUCUAGAAGGGAUGGGAGUCAGAUGAGUACUUUUGAACAUGGUUACCGUGUUGGUUUUAAGGGCAGUUCUACCGGUGUAAGUUGCACCUGAGCUGUUCACAUACUUUUUAUAACUGUAUUUUUCAGUAACUUGCGACAUCUUUGCAGAACAAGGAUGAUAAAUAUUUUAUUAAUAAUCACCUGAGCUUUAAGGUCAAGUAUCAUAAAGAUCCUGAGUCUGAUGAUGCCCGCAUUGUUGGAUUUGAGGUUGUUCCAACGAGGUAAUUCUAUUUUCCGUUCUCUUCCCAUUUCCUCCCAAAUUUCUCUGUAUGUGCAUCUUGUUUUGGUAUUUCUUUAGCUGUUUCCACUUUAAUCUUCAGCUCAAAUUUUUCAUCCCCAAUAUUAGUCAUUGUAUCGUUAUGUGUCUAGUCAAUUGGCUGAAACUCAGCCCGAGUAGAAACAUGAAAGUAAGUUGCGGUGGAGAUCUAAGGAAAGAUAUUCACUGUGGACCUUGUACCAAUAAUAUAAUGUCUUGUUAGAUUCGUGUCAUUGUUCACCUUGAACCGUAAUGCAACACGAAGAUGGCAGUACGCCUCAUCCUUAAUAGUCGUGCCAUCCAAGAGAUCUAUCUUUACUCCAUUUGGAUAUUUUUAUUUUCAUUUGAAACAACGUAAAGCAGCGGAUCAGCCUUAAAUGCGUUUUUCUUGCACCCUGAUGGUUGUCUUAGAUAAUAACAUAACUAUUUAUCUCAGCCAUCUCCGUCAGAAAUUAUGAAACAUGUGAUGAGCACAGAGGGAAGAUAAUAAUCAGGCUUCAGCUGUAAUCAUGUGUGCGCGCAUUCGGCCCAUGGGAAAUUUGAGAAGAAGAGUCUAUUACUUUUGAGAUGGCUGUAUUUUCCAAGACUGAAAGAAAGAAAAGGAAACAAAAGAGGCCAUCUAGGCAAAAGCUGAAUACUCGAACUCGAGAAAACUCCUGGGUGGACUGAAAAAGGCUAAUCAUUACACAUGCUGUCACGUAAUUUGGAAUUAUCAAAUUAAACUAACGUCCCAGCCAGAUAGGAUAUGCAGCUUUCUGCGGAGAAUGCCCCUGUUUAAGCUCUCUAAUGGACGUCAUGACCACUUUCUUUCUCCUGAAUAAUGAGCGCUAGUUCUGGGCAUUCUCGCCAGCUUUUCUUGGGCUCAUUGAUCUGGAGGAUUUGAGCAUAUCUUCACUUUUUUUUUCUGAUCCCUUAUUGCCUUCGCUUGCUUCUCCUUAACAGCAUAGACCAUGAAUACAAGGAGUGGAACGACAAGAACCCUUCGUUGAUAACCUGCAACCCUAGCUCCAAAAUCAUCCCUGGUAAUCACUCACCGCAGGAAGUAGACGCAGAUAAGGAGGUCGUCUUCACGUAUGAUGUCACCUUCAUGGUGCGCGCUCUCUUCCUAAGCUGCUUUAUGCCGUCUAAAAGUUCACCCUUUCUGACAUGUGCCACACUUCCAGUCUAGUGAAGUCAAAUGGGCAUCACGCUGGGACACCUAUCUUCUCAUGAAUGAUGAUCAGAUCCACUGGUUUUCUAUUAUCAACUCUCUGAUGAUCGUGCUGUUCUUGUCUGGCAUGGUUGCCAUGAUCAUGAUGAGAACCGUAUACAAAGACAUCGUGAACUACAAUCAGUUGGAAGCCCAGGAGGAGGAUGAGGAAGAGACUGGCUGGAAGCUCGUCCAUGGGGACGCUUUCAGGCCGCCUAUCAACUCUGGCCUGCUUUGCGUCUACGUCGGAACCGGCGUCCAGUUCCUGGGCAUGACCAUCGUCACUAUGUUAUUUGCACUGCUGGGCUUCCUCUCCCCGGCCAACCGCGGAGGCCUGAUGACGGCCAUGGUCGUCCUGUGGGUAUUCAUGGGUCUGUUUGCGGGCUACGCUUCUGCUCGUCUCUACAAGAUGUUCCAGGGCACCGAGUGGAAGAAGAUCACCCUGAAGACGGCCUUCAUGUUCCCCGGCAUCCUCUUCUCCUUCUUCUUCCUCCUGAACGCUCUGAUCUGGGGGGAGAAAUCUUCAGGCGCCGUCCCCUUCGGAACCAUGUUCGCCCUCGUCUUCCUGUGGUUCGGUAUAUCCGUCCCACUGGUCUUCCUCGGCAGCUACCUGGGCUACAAGAAGCCGGCCAUUGAAAACCCCGUCAAGACCAACAAGAUCCCCAGACAGAUCCCGGAGCAGGCGUGGUACAUGCGCCCGCCCUUCUCCGUCCUGAUCGGGGGCCUCCUUCCCUUCGGGGCAGUCUUCAUCGAGCUCUUCUUCAUUCUUAGCUCCAUAUGGCUGAACCAGUUCUACUACAUCUUCGGCUUCCUCUUCAUAGUCCUGCUCAUCCUCAUCAUCACCUGCGCCGAGAUCACCAUCGUCCUGUGCUACUUCCAGCUCUGCAGUGAGGACUACCACUGGUGGUGGAGGGCCUACCUGACGGCCAGCUCCUCUGCCCUCUACCUCUUCCUGUACUCGGCCUUCUACUUCUUCACCAAGCUGGAGAUCACCAAGGUGGUGUCGGGCAUCCUCUACUUCGGAUACAUGCUGAUCGUCUCCUACGCCUUCUUCGUGCUGACGGGAACCAUCGGUUUCUACGCCUGCCUCUGGUUCGUGCGCAAGAUCUACUCCUCUGUGAAGAUUGACUAG